AUGGAUCCCUACAACAGUGCAGACAUGGAUUCGUUACGGUCAGACUAUCCCUCCAGCUCCACGACUACGCCCUUCCGCUUGGACGAAGGCUUUUCCGAAGACACAAUGAGCCAAGAUGAGAACGGCCGGAACAUGUCUGCCGCCAUGGCUGCUCGGUUUCAAGAGUGGGUCAUGGCUCAGAAUGAAGAGUCUCGAGCAGAGAUCGCCUACGAAGUGUUGCGCACUCUUCGGACGUCGAAUAUUGCCGCGGUCGUGGAUCGUUUGACGCCACUGCUGCAUAUGGAUCCCGUAGAAAAGCUUCCUGCAGAAAUCACUGGCUUGAUAUUCUCAUAUCUCGAUGCCAACACCCUGUUGACCGCCUCCCUCGCCUCGCGGACUUGGAGAGCCCGCAUCAUGGACCCUAUGCUCUGGCUCGAGCUGUACAAGAGUCAAGGAUGGAGAUACGACAAGGAAGAAGUCAGCGCUUUCGAACAUGCGCACAACUCGCUCAUCCGACAAGAAUUCAAGAGAUCUCGCGCGCAGAAUUAUGGACAACCCUCGCUUAAGAAGCGCGCCACCUCGGAUUGGCUGGAUUCAAGGCCACGCAAGGUAUCUGCGGAUGUAUCUUCCUGGCGCGAACAGCACGGAGUGGUUGAGGCUGAUCCCGAUGACCAAGAGAUGCAAGAUGCUCCGAAUAGCACCCAACACUCUCCUCAACGACCCAACAAGAGAUCGAGUUCUGAGUCAGACAAUGAGAUGGAUUACAACCCGGAACCAACAAACAUCAAGAAUGAAGAGAACACAGCUAUGGAACCUCCUGCCAAGUCGAGCCUGACUGUAAAUGACUCCAGUGGAGGGGACAGAUUGAAUUGGCUGCAUUUGUACAUGCAACGCCAAAAGCUGGAACACAAUUGGACUAGAGGUCUAUACACAACGUUUGAGCUCCCCCAUCCUGACUACCCGAACGAAGCCCACACUGAAUGUGUCUAUACCAUCCAGUUCUUUGGUAAAUGGCUGGUUAGCGGCAGUCGGGACAAAACGUUACGUAUAUGGGAUCUCGAGACCAGGCGCCUCCGUGGAAAACCUUUAGUUGGUCACUCCCAGUCUGUCCUUUGUCUUCAAUUCGACCCUACAGAAGACCAGGACGUGAUCAUCUCCGGUAGCAGUGAUGCAAGUGUGGUGAUAUGGCGCUUCUCCACCGGGCAAAAGAUUCAUGAGAUCCCGUCCGCCCAUGAGGAAUCUGUUCUUAAUCUCAGAUUCGACAAGCGAUACCUCGUGACAUGUUCCAAAGAUCGACGGAUCAAGAUAUGGAAUCGACAGGCCCUCACCGCUACAGACGAGGACUACCCUAAAGUGGAGCGAACAAGUACUGCGCGCGUACCUUCCUACAUUGUCAACACGGCCGACAUGGAGCCCUCGCUUUUGGAGGCAAGGAUGGCCAACGGCACAAUCCGGGCUUUGAAACCAUAUAUGCUUCUGUUGACCCUGGAAGGUCACAAUGCUGCGGUCAAUGCCAUUCAGAUCAAUGGAGACCUGAUUGUUUCUGCAUCUGGUGAUAGACUGAUCAAGGUGUGGAACGCCAAGAAUGGCAAGGUCUUGCGUACAUUGCAAGGGCAUCAAAAGGGCAUCGCAUGCGUCCAAUUCGACAGCAAGCGUAUCGUGAGCGGUAGUAGUGACAACACCGUCCGCAUAUACGAUCCUAUUACGGGCGCCGAGGUUGCAGAGUUGAAGGGCCACCAUAACUUGGUGCGCACCAUUCAAGCUGGAUUUGGGGACCUGCCUGGAAGCGAUGACGACGAUAAUGUCCAAGCCAGAGAGGCCGAGCGACAGUAUUUUGCGGAAUUGGCCAAUGGCAAGGCCGUCAAUGACCGAAGAUUUCUUCGAGAAGUUCGGCAGGGUGAGCACGGCAGCUCUCGUCUCGCCCUUGGAUCUAAACUGCCACCUGGAGGAGGCGGUAGUAAGUGGGGACGGAUCGUGUCCGGUAGCUAUGAUCAGACCAUUAUCAUCUGGAGAAAGAACGCCGAAGGUCACUGGGUGAUUGGCAAACAGCUAUUCCAACAUCCAUUUACCCAUACCUCACCGAGCAGUACGAGAACGCGCACACGUCCUCGGCCUGUCGUCACGGAAAAUGCCGCGGCUACAGCUGUCCAACCCACAAAUGGUCCUGUUCAGGCUACAGCCGCCGUACUGCAGCCAUCUUUGGGCACCGUCGGACCGGGAGGGUCUGCUCAUCCCGGAGUCAUGUCGGCCUCGCAGAUUGUACAACAGGCUGUUGGAACAUCUUUUGCCAGUCUUGGUGCCGGGCUGUCGAAUGUCAUGGGCGUAGGGAGGUUAUUGAACCCCCCUAUUAACGGCCCGAGGAACGGGGUAAACCUCAAUUCCAACUUUGCUGCCAGUGCAAGUAUUAGUGGAACGCCACAGAGUAUCGCCAACGCUGCCGUUGCCCACACCCAAGCUGCGGUGUCGCAAGCUGUUCAGCAAGCGUUGAACCAAGCAGUACAAAAUAGAUCAUCCUCACAUGGACAGACUACGGGAUCGCAGAGUCAAGCAAGUCGAAGCGUGACCAGCACCAACCAGAACCAACACACUCCGGCACCAACAGCACCACUCCCACAUACCGUCCAGCAAACACCAACUCCUGCUCAACAGCAACAACCCGCGGCCGCACCACCUGUGGCUCAAGGGCAGCACCAAGAACACCAACCGUCUUCUGUGUCCCGAGUAUUCAAACUCCAGUUCGACGCUCGACGCAUUGUCUGUUGCUCACAAGACAGUCGCAUCGUCGGUUGGGAUUUCGCAAAUGGAGAUGCUGAUGUUAUUGAGGCCUCUAAGUUCUUCGUCGGACCUUGA